CACCUCAGGACUUGCUGUCAGGCUCAUUUGUUUACUAUAGUUCAAGGUUAAAGGGAUAGAUAACAGAGAAGGACAAUCAAGGUGGCUCUCUAGUGUCAAAAAACAGAAGAAAGAAAGGGCAAGGUUAAAUGUAGAUGCUUCUCUUCAGAGGAGGCAUAUUGUUAGGCUGGCCGCGUGGUUUACAGUGCAGAGCAAAACUGCAAUCUUGACCUCAUUUGACACCCAAAUCACUGGCCUGAGAGGCAGGGAUUUACUGGGCACCCUGGAGGAAGGCUGAAAGAGUUAGGCAGCCUGGCUGUAGAGGCAAACAAGAAUGCACAAAGAGGCUGGAUGUCAGUGAUCAAACUGCUGCGACUCGGGGGGAGUAGUUAUCUGGUCUUGACUGGUUGGCAGAUUCCCAAGUUUGUUUAGCUGACAGAUGAGGGUCCAGAAGGUGGCUAACAGGAUGAGGCCAGGCGGCCACGUGGCUCUGCAGGGAUUACAAGCACCAAGAAGAAGGUAAAGAGAUUAAACCGAAAGCGGAGCUUGCUUUUUUAACCUCGUCACUGUUGUCACACUGACAGCAAAGAAGGAAACUCCUGAGCCAAAAUUCAUUCCCAGAUUCGGCUUCCUCUACCUCUCCUCCCUCCCUCGCUCCCUCUGCUCAUCCAUCCAUGCAGCCACCUCUACUGGUCUACUGGGAUCCAACACCGUCCAGGAACUAACUACUUUGGAAACUGAGCCGGAGCACAAACAUAGGAGUGGAGUGGACUCCCUUGUUUGGUGCGUGCCGACAGCUCGCCAGCACCAAUGAGGAGAGUCGUGCACACUCUGCUAAUGGACUUGACAUAAAGAGAUUCUGGAUUUUACUGUUGUUCGCAACAGUCUCUUUGCAAAUGAAAACUUCGGGCUUGAUAAACACAUAAAUUAGCCCAACAUGCUUUUGAAGUCAGGAUUAUUCCUCGCUUUGUGUCUGUUUACCCUCCAAGCAAGUCAAAUCAAAGACCUUCAUGAUCAUGGUUUUUCUGGACUCAGGGAUAUAAAGUACCGGCACUUCCUGGAAGCCUCUCGACCAAUCAGACAUGGAACCAACGUCAGAGCAGAGCAGGACGGACGUCGGGCCAAGAGGUCGGCGGUCUUCACUACGGGCGUCAAAGUGUGUCCUCAGGAGACGAUGAAAGCCGUCAUCGGCAGCCACCGGGCCUAUUACAAACUCAGAGUUUGUCAGGAAGCGAUUUGGGAAGCGUUUCGAAUCUUCUUGGACAGAGUCCCAGAUUCAGAGGAGUACAGAAGCUGGGUGUACACCUGCCAACAUGAAAACCUCUGCAUGGACGACCUGGCCAAGAACUUCAGCAGCUCUCAGGAGCACCUGGACAUGGUGGCCAGAAGAGUGGCUGAGGAGGGUGAAAGUGAAGGAAUGCUAGCUGUAACUCCCUCGCCAGACAGAGAAUGCACCUGGACUCCUCCUGUGUUUCUGCUUCCAACUGAGCCUGAGAUGACUAAAGAGGAUCCCAACAUGGUGAAAGAGAACUACGAGGAGUACAUUAUUGAGUUCAGCAUCACCGUUGUGGAUCCGGCGUACAGCGAACUGUUCAGCGACCCCGCAGCUCCACAGCACAACAACAUUGCACAGGAGCUCACACAGAAAAUGCUUCAUGCGUUUCAAAAAGUUCCAGGAUUCAAAGAGAUGCGUGUUCUGGGAUUUCGAUCAGAGGAUGUGUCUGUGCGCUACGCUGUGGUCUUUAAUGGAGAAACAGAGCUCGGUGAUGACCCUGAGGGCUUUGAGGAGGCUGACACAAAGACAGACGAGGAUGUAAAUGCUCCCAAACUGAAGCACAUCAUCGUAAAGGCCUUAAAACAGGAACCAUCACUGCCGCUGGACUUACAGACGCUCAGCUUUGAGACUGUAACCACAGUUUAUCCAGUUGCGGAACUUGGGAUGAAUCCUAUCAAGACUGUAGUAUCCAAGGAAAUCACCACAAAAGCUUCAAUGGAGGGAACCCAAAAGUUCCUCCCCACUGUGGCAGUGAUAGAAAACUCGCUUGAAGUCUCUGUCAAACCAGAAACACACACCUUAGUGCCUUCCAUCGCCAACAUCCUCCCAGAUGCAACUUUUGCCGCUUCCGUGGAGACUCCUUUAAUGGUAGAAGUAGAGGUGCAGCCCACCGAAGCUGUUGCUGAGGAGGUUGGUGAAGUUGUAGCAGAAGAAACAAAACUGGAAACUGUCACAGAGCAGGAAGAUGAAGCAGAGCCUGAGGUGGAGGAGAUACCGCCAACUGAAGAGGACGAUGGAAGUGAGGCUGAAUCUGAGGAGCAGGUGACAGAAGAAGAUCCUGAACAUCCAGAGCUCCAGAAUGAUCACCUUUCUGUGGCAACUUCUGGCUCCGAACCUGAAGAAGGGCUGAUUGAUGCACCUACUGUGAUUAAUCUCGACGCGCCACAGUCUACAGAUCUGACACUUUCCGAAAUAUCUGUCACAGAGCCUCCAGUUUCCACACCGUCCUUCCUUGAGGACACAGUUCAAGCGGCUGAACCAGAAACAGAUGUAGAGUCUUUGCCAUCCCCUGUGGAGAGCGGCGAGGCCCCUGAGGAUAGAGGUGAUUCCAGUGGAGGACACAGUGGAGAGACCCCGGCCUCAGUGGACCUUCCUGCUGAGAAUUCAAACAUCCAAGAGGAAACAGGACCGAGCCAGAAUGAGACGGAGGUGGAAAUAACCAAGCACCUAGAAGAGGAGAGCGGCAGUGGAUUCGCCUCAGAGUCUGAUGAACGUCCAUACGAAUCCACAGCUGCACCCACCAUGAGACAAGCCAGCACUCCAGUGAUGGCAGCAGUAGAGGGGAGCAAAGAGUUGGUGGUUUUCUUUAGCUUGAGGGUCACUAACAUGCUGUUUUCUGAUGACCUUUUCAACAAGAGCUCCCCUGAAUAUAAGUCACUGGAGAAUACGUUUCUCGAGCUGACACAGCACUCUGGGUCCAGAAACUCGCCAAACCCUGGAGCUUCCAGUAAAUCUGGGCCUAGGAGACAGACGACUUUAGCCUCCAUACCGCUUUUGCCAUAUUUGCAAUCCAACUUGACUGGAUUUAAGCAGCUGGAGAUUCUUAACUUCAGGAAUGGGAGCGUAGUGGUGAACAGCAAGAUGAAACUGGACAAGCCGGUUCCUUAUAAUGUCACAGAAGCGGUACACUGUGUGCUGGAGGACUUCUGCAACGCCGCAUCCAAGCGGCUUGACAUUGAAAUUGACAGCCGCUCUUUGGAAGUAGAACCAGCUGACCAAGCAGAUCCCUGCAAGUUCCUAGCGUGCAACGAGUUUUCACGCUGCGUGGUGAACAGCUGGACCGAUGAGGCCGAGUGUCUUUGCGAUCCGGGCUACGUCAUCGUGGACGGUUUGCCUUGUCAGAGCACCUGCACUUUGCAGCCGGACUACUGCCUGAACGGAGGCCUGUGUGAAAUAAUCCCAGGUCACGGAGCCACUUGCAGAUGCCCUGUCGGUAAAUACUGGCAUUACCACGGAGAACGCUGCAACGAGCUGGUGUCAAUGCCGCUUGACCCUCCACUAAUUAUAAUCUGCCUCGUGGGAAGCCUCUGCCUCGUUUGCGCCGUCAUUGGUGUUUUAAUAUUCAUCAACAAGAAAUGUAUAAAAACCAGAAAGGCCAUAACUUUGGUGCACACCCUUGCUCCCUAUGCCUUUGAGAAUACUCUGAGGGAGAACCCAGUAUUUGAGAAUGAUGAUGGUGUCUUAACUCAAGUGUCCACAUUACCAUAUCCUUCAAGUUCUGCUUCCUCCCAAUCCCAGCAGUCUGAGCAGGAACAUUUCGCCUCUAUUGAAAAUAUACACCUGAGCAUCGAGAUCCCCAGACAACUCUACACAACAAGAUCAGAAAAGUUAGUCUCAGAAAUGGUGGACUUUCAUCACUGUAUACCACACAAUGAGCUCUAUGACGCGUGCAAAGACGUGGCGACGGCCAAAUGAAUACAGAACGUGUUGUCUUUUAAGGGCAUCAGAUAACGAGUGCUUUGAAGUUACGGUUGUCUGAUGGCACCUUGUUCAUCUGAGGAGCAGCUGAUGCAGCGUCACGGUGAAAAACGUGAGGCAGCAAAGACUGACGGUGCUGUUACACUGUGUAUGAGGUUCAGAUGGAGGUACAGUAGACCAGUGAUGAGUUUAUUUGUUCAUAGUGAUGAAAGUGUCUUGUUAGACAGACAGCUAUGGAUAUUAAGGUGGACUUAGGCUUCGUUCAAGUGGAACCUAAUAUUUAUUUUAUAUAUUAAACAGUAGGAAUAUUUCCUGUCUACCCUUGGCAAAGGUUGUUUUUUCCUCACAAUGAGGUGUUUAUUAUUUACAAACUGAUACACGUUGUGGUAUCCUAUGUUUAGUUUGUUUAUUUUAAUGGAAUUCUUCAAUUUUGUUUUGUCCCAAAAAGAGAAUGAAUGUAUAAGCUGUUGACUCUGGUCGUAUCACAUUGUUUAUGGAAAGAUUGUGCUGGAUUUCCAUAGUUCUGUCCUGUUCACAACUUUCACCACUAAUCAUUUGUCUAUUGAGAUUUGGACUUUUUUAUUUGACACAUUUUACAUCUAAAACUAAAUAAAAGGUUGUUUUUGCAUGAAGAA